UAUAACACAAUGUGGAAUACCAUUAUAAUAAAACUAGCACUUCUAAUAGCUGUGGUUGGAUUAAUUGAAGCAGGUAAAAACAGGUCAAAAAUUAGGAGAAGAACAAGCAAAACUAUAGGGAGACGAAAACUGAAUAAAGUUGUACCAGCAGCAUCGAAUAACGCACGAUACUGUGUAGAUGAACUUGAUGAAGACAAAAAGACCUAUUAUGAAGAUCUUGGCUGUACAAUCACAAUAGAAGACUCAAAUACACCGGAUGAAGAAGAAAUUUGCUUUAAACUCAGCUGUCCAACAGGCUGCCCGGUCGAAGGUAGAAUACGGAAAGGCAAGGUUCAAUAUGAAAUAGGGGAAGAGUGGAUUGAGGGCAAGAGAAAAAGCUGUUCAUGUCAGAAGGGGGGCUGGAUGUACUUUGAUGUCCCAGAACCUAUAAGUGACACCGAUGGUGAAGAAGUUAAACCACCACCAUUUGAAUUACCAGUAACAGAAUGUUUGCCUAUGGGUUGCGAGCAUGAAGGAAAAUUCUUUGCCUCAGGUAAAACAAGGUCCCAUCCAAGAGGCAUAUGCACGUGUAUGAAAGGAAAUGAUCCCCAUAUUAUGGAUGGAAAGACAUUAUAUUACUUCAAAUGUCCUCUGAGAACAAGGAGCUCAGGUGGUUUUGUGUAAGGUAUAAUCCCUCAUGAAAGGAUAUAACCUUUCGUAACCUAUCAUAUAAGGGUAUAACAGCUCGUAUAAGGUAUUAACCAAUGUUGGUCAUUAUUUUAAAAUCUAUUGCUAAAAAUCAGCCAGUUCAUACGUUUUUGAGAAAACUGGGGAAAAGAACCGGCAUUGUGACCUUUUCAUAGGGGUCAAGGUUAAGUUAGGCCAUGGCAAGUAAAAUGAAUAAUCCAAACAAAACUUUUUAAAUGUUGGCAUAUUGAUGCAUUACCGCACACAUAUUUUUGAUUUUUGAUCACUUUUUGAAAUAAAAAAAUUGAAAUAGAAUUACCAUUAAAAAAUGUUCCACUGGGCCUACCUUUACUUGAUC